UAUGAUGUUUGUUAGAGUCCGAUGAAUGCACCUUUAUGUUCUGUAAGAGUGCGAUGAGCGCACCUAUAUAAUUUUAUUUUGGGACUAUUUUGUCCAGCGGAAGGUUACGCUGCUGUAUAAAUGAAGGUGGAACAUCCUGCCCCGUGCGCUUCGGGAGUGACGGACAUGAUGGCUACUGGAACAGUGAAGAGUUGUCCAAGGUCUCUUUUAUUACUGAGCUGUGUGUAAUAUUAGGAGAUGUCUGUUCCAGAGAGCACGGGAGAAGGCUCACGUGGGCUGUGUCCAAAUUCAGGUUCUGCAUCCUCCUGAGGCCGUGGCCUUAGCGGUCGCCGAUGGGCGGAUCCUCUGCAGAGCUGGUAUACCGGAUGUUACGGACUGUGAAUUUGGACGGUCUAGCCUUCUUGAUAAUUCCCGCUAUUACCAACGGCUAACUUCCUGUAGCCUAGCAAGAGGUUUUUCGAGCGGUUGGAAAUGAUGGAGUUCGAGUCGCUUGUUCUGUUCUUCACCAUUCAGCUUUUGCUGCUUGAGGAGUUGGAAGAAUUGCAUCGCCGUAGAAGGCAUCUGCUUUUUUUCCGUCUGAGACAGCACAAUGCGCUGGUGCAGUUUUAAAAAAAAAAAACGAGCUCUUUCUACUUAUUAGCUUUAGCUAGUUUGAUGGAUUUAUUUAGCAACUUCAUUACAGGUUGUAAAAUAUACAAUUACUGACGCUGAUAUUUGGUUUCAAAACUGUUGCGUAACAAUUUCUUAUUGUUUGACACAAGUUAUUGCUGUAAAUCUGAGUGUAAAGUAUUUGUACUAGUCUAAUAAUCAGAUUACAAUAGUGUUAAAUUUUCAUUUUUUAUACUUAAUUCUUUUUUUGUUAAAAAAAUAUUUUAAAGAAUUUUACCUUACUCUUAUUAGAAAUAAGAACAAGUAGUAUUUAAGCAUUUGGUUAUCCACAUGUUCAUCUAAGUAUAAUGAUGUUUUAUGGUCUUUAAAAAAAACAUAAAACCACAUAUUUUCACUAAUACAUUGUUUUUCUUUUCUUUUUAACUAGACCAAGCCCCAGUACUGUCGGGUAAACCUCAGUCUGCCAGUACUGGAGCGUUUUUUUAACUUGGAGGACACGAGGCCAGACUUCCGGCUAAGCAAGACAUCUUUUACAGUCCUCCUGAACCUCCUUGACCAGGAUCGGCGCCAUGGAUGGGGUGCUGUAAUUGAGACCCUGGUUUUCCUUUUCUGGUUGGCGAGCGGAGCAUCCUACAGGGUGGUCUCAAGAGUUUUUGGGAUGCCUCGUUCCACUGUCCACUGCAUCGUCCACAGAGUCACAGAGGAGGUGGUGGCCAUCCGCCAUCAGGUCAUUCACCUUCCGAAAACCCCUGAGGACCUGGAGGUGGUGUCCCGAGGGUUUGCAGGGCUGGCACGGCACAGGGCUUUCCUGAGAGCUGCAGGUGCCAUCGACGGAUGCCACAUCAGGAUCAAGCCUCCUGGUGGCCCUGAUGGUCACUGCUACAGAAACAGGAAACUGUUCCCCUCCAUCAUCCUGCAGGCUGUGUGUGACCAUCGGGGCUCCUUCAUCGAUACGUACGUGGGCUGGCCUGGGUCGGUGCACGACUCCAGGGUGCUCCGCUACAGUCCACUGUACAGGCAGACGGUCUACCCUCCUCCAGGGCACUUCAUCCUAGCAGAUGGUGGAUACCCGUGCCUUCAACACCCACUCCCCCUCAUCACUCCCUACAAGCGUGUGAAUGAAGGUGUUGCAGCCCAGCGCUUCAACAGUCAUCAUUCCAGGGCACGCUCGAUUAUAGAGCGUGCUUUUGGAAUGAUGAAAACAAGAUUCCGAGCAAUCUUCUUACAAGCGCUGGAAGUGCAUCACACCUUCGUGCCUCAUGUUGUCACAGCUUGUGCCAUCCUCCACAACAUCUGUCUGUGUGCUGGUGACACCAUGGCCCCAGAGGAUGAGCCUGAGGAAGAUGUGGGGGAUGAUGACGGGGAGCCUGCUUUGGAGGCCACCAGCGGUGCACUCUGGCGGGACCAACUUUGUGCAGAGGUUUCUGCCCUGGAGGAGGUACCACCAGACCACGAUUACUGGUAGCAGCAUCCGUAGACAGCCAGCCCUGCAAACCCUGAAGAUGGACGAUGCAGUGGACAGUUAAGAGGCAUCCUGAAACUCUGCAGACCGCCCUGGAAGAUGUUCCAAUCCCCACCCAGAAAGUUCCAGUCCUGGGUCUCAGUUGAAGCACUCCAUCCAUGUUGACCAUCUUUGUAUAUAGUUGUAAAUAAAAGUGUUAAUAUGAAAUCAUGACGAUUACUGUUUUGGAUUUAUUCAUUUUUAUUUAAGUAAACAAGGAUUUACACAUUUUAAAUUAACUACCUUUGAAAAAAAUAUCAAGAUUUAUUAACAAAAACCCAUUGGGUGUCAUUUAUUUAUUUAUUCGCUAUCUUUUCCAGAAGACUGAAAAGUCUCUCGAAGUUCUCCCUCCUCUCCUGUGCUCUCUGUUGUUCUGCCUCUCUCUGCUGCCUCAUGUCCUCCCUGUACAACUCUAGCAGCUCGUCACUGUCCCUCCUCCUUUUACUUCCUGGUGGCUCGGCCCUUUCCUCUCCUCCAGCUUCCUCUCUUUCAUCCACUGCUGCACUUGUUCCUGGAGUUUCCUCACGGAUGGAGGAAAUUAGGACAGGAGGACAGGUGGAAGGCCUCUGUCCUAA